AUGGAGUCUAAGUCAGGUCGCCGAGGUACUAUAGAAGGUUUGGUCCAGGAUCUCAUAUCCACUGCCUUGUUUGCCAGCUCUUUCUUGAUCGCGAGAAGAAACGUGGUUUCUGAAAAGCGUGACAAUGAUGGGGCAGCUCGAGAACUUUACGAUAUCUUCUUAAAUGAAGAGGCCAUCGCUGAGCAUGCUCGGCAGCUAUAUAGUCGACGUCGUCGGCAAGAGCGUCUCUCAUUUCAUGACGACGUACAAAAUUUAGUUCUUAAUCAAGAGGACGAGCUCCAUAGUGAGUUGUCUCCGUACAAUGAUGCAGUCACAGGUGACUUCUACCCAAAAAAUAGUAACUGGAACCACUUCGAGUUCUACAACGAGAUUCAUCGCGAUGAUGGGCACAGCUCAGGCCAGCGCAAUCCAGUUCCUAAAACUGUUGACUCACUAGCUGGUGAUUACCAGCCUGGUUUUUUUGAUGAUGACUCUGAUGCUGCAUCUUUGACAUCUCAAGAUCAUUUUGUCUGGACUGAAGCUCGAUAUUCAUUCCGACCGCGCAACGUGACCAACCUCGCUACGAUACCAUCGGAACAACAGAUGGCAAUCGAUCCUGACGGUGAGCAAUUUUCUCGGCAAGGAAAUCCUUCAUUGCUUCCUGGAAUACCUCCCAAUCGCGAUGUGCCCUGUCGGGCGGUUAGUCUGGACGACCGAACUAUAUAUAGUUUACCUCUACCUAACUCUGGUUGUGAAAACCCGCUGUCUCUGCGGCGUAGUCUGUCUAUUCCGGAGCUUACAGCUACAAAGCCCACUUCAAAAAGCUACCAGAACAACCUGUUGAAUCAAGUCCGGACGCAAAACCGGAAUGCUCGGGCAAGCUACAAUGCGCGGAUCAUGCCGGAGAAGCUGGUUAUGGUUCGCCAUGGACAAAGCAUGGGAAAUGUCAAUGAGGCUCUGUACAGUUCAACACCAGACAACGCCAUGCCUUUAACAAAAUUGGGAUGGGAACAAGCAAGAAAAGCUGGUAAACUAUUGAAGGAUGAGGUGCUUCGGUCUUCAACAAGUGUACACUUUAUCGUCUCACCGUAUGUUCGAACGGUAGAAACGUUUCAUGGAAUUGUUGCUGCAUGGUGUGACCCUUCAAACUUCAACCACAUAACUGAUCGAGACAAACGAUUAAACGCCUGGUAUGGUAGAUUAAUCGAAAUGGGGCUCACAUGGAACGAGGAUCCAAGAAUUCGAGAACAGGAUUUUGGUAACUUUCAAGACCCUGAAAGGAUAAAACAAGCCAAAAAGGACCGACACUUCUUUGGAGCUUUCUACUACCGCUUUCCCCACGGAGAAUCAGCUUCGGAUGUCUUCGAUCGAACCAGCACCUUCCUCGAUUCGCUGUGGCGAUCUUUCGACAUGAAUAAGAACCGGAACUACGUGAUUGUAACCCAUGGUAUAUCGAUAAGAGUUUUGUUAGCGAGGUACUUUCGGUACACAAUUGAACAGUUCCACUUGUUGUCUAAUCCUCGGAACUGUGAAAUGGUGACACUUGAACAUGAUGGAGGUGGCCGUCUGCAAAUGGCUGGCCGCUACGAAAUGGAUUGCCGGUCAGAUGACGAUACAGGCGAUACCCACGAUUCCCCCGGUGAAGAAGCCAUGCGUGAUUGUUGA